AUGUACAGUUUAAACCGGACCCGCUGCAUCGCCUGCACGGAAGACACACCUGAAGGUGCAUGCCUUCCAAUUUACUAUCCUAACAUUGCAAAAGACCAGUUAUCAGAACAGUCAAGUAUUGUUCAAUGGAAGACAUGUGUUAAAACUCAAUUGGAAGGAAUUCCACACAGCCUUGGGGAAGAUGGUAUGUUAUUUUACGACCAGUCCUCAAGUUGGCGACCUUCUGAGUGGGUAGCUGUGGAGAAUUUCAAAAUCCUCAUGUACAUGAACAUCUCUUUAACAUCUGGUACUGCUUUGGAAACUUUUGACAAGCCAGGGCACAUAUACCCAAACUAUCCUGUACGUGUUGGAGCUCUACAGAUUAAUGAUACUGUCUUAGCCCCAUUCUCAUCUGAUUAUUCAUUGGGAAAGGUUACAGUGGUACAGGAUUGGCUUACAUAUGACAUACAGCCAGAUUCUGGUGGGGCUGUGAUGACUUUUAAUUACGCUGAUCUUCGUCAACAAAGAGGCAUCAGUUUAUCUGAUGGUAAAUCAACUAGUCAGUCUGACACAUCAGGUGAUGGAGUUUCAUUGAGAGCCGCGGAUGGUAAUCUUAACCCACUGUUUUAUAGUGGCCAAAGCUGCAGUUCAACUACUAGCCAUGCUGAUGCCUGGUGGUGGGUAGACCUGGAGGAAGUAGUUCCUGUUGCCCAUGUCUUCAUUCAGUUUAGGGAUCAUUUCUGUGAUUCACAGGCUACACAUUUUCUGAUCUAUUAUGGUCUUCACCUGGAACAUAACUUUCCAGUGCCUGGAAGAUAUCUCUACAUCAGACUCCAGGAAACUAAUAAUUUGACGCUUUGUGAGGUUAAUGUAUAUGUUGAUUCCAAUGGCCUGCCAGAUUACACAGUAGCAGUGGAUGGUAAUUUGCAGACCUGCCUAAAUACUACCUUUACACUGGACACAUUUUUGAGGAUAGACCUGGAGUUUGUCAGACCUAUCGCUCUUGUUCAUGUAGUUAGUGCCUUAGACAUGACAGAUGUGGUAGUUGUUGUAGGAGAGACUCUGACAGGGGACAAAUACAGUUCUUCUAAUAACAUUGUAACAGCAAACAUUACCAAGGAAUAUGUGUGUAACUCUCCACACAGAAUAAGUGGCAGAUAUGUUUUCAUCACCAUUCCAAGAAAAACAGCAUCAUUAAAUCUGUGUGAAGUGCAAAUUUUUGCUGUAUACGACUAUGAUUUGACAAAGACGGGUUCUGCUACACAGUCCAGUUCUGCUGUACCAGAAAUGAUCGCUGAUCAGGGUUUUGACAAUGACAGACUGACAUGUAUAGCAACAAAUGACCAGACAGAUCCGUGGUGGAAAAUCGACUUGGGUAGCAACCAAGACGUUGAGGAAGUUGUCAUCUACCUACCCAGUGAAGGAUCCAUUCCUUUUUCUUCUGAAUGUGAUGUGUAUGUUGAUCAACAGCUAUGCGGAAACGCCAGUACAGCCAGCAAAACGUUUGUAUCAGUUAUCUGUUCUCCAAAAUUACAAGGGAAAGUCAUUGAGAUUAAAAGUAUAGGAGCAAACAAGAGAAUUGCACUCUGUGAAGUGGAAGUGUACUCUGAAGUUCGCUUUGCAUAUAUAGACGAGUGCCAGUCUCCAAGUGCUUGUAAUUCAGAUCGAGUUUGUAACAACACUGUUGGAUCAUCCAGAUGUGAAUGUCCGUUGGGAUAUGUUGAAGAUCCUAGUUCUCAGAAUCCAGUGAAUGUAAUAUGCAAUGAUAUCGACGAAUGCCAGACUGCUAGCGCUUACCGUUCAGAUCUCAUUUCCAACAACACUGUUGGAUCGUACUGA